AUGGAGUUACUACAUAUCCAGUCAACGUUUAGAGAUAUAAUAAAUGAUCCCGAGCUAGCUACCAAGCCUCAAAGUUUCUGGGUUUCAUUAAUGUCUGAUGACCAACAACUUAAUAGUGUCAAUUUCAAUAUAACUGUAUCCAAAGUCGAUGAUAACUUGGUAUUCCAAUCAAUUGAAGAUGCCGGAGUUACAAUGACCCAGCUAAGUAAAGAAUCCUUUGUUAUUUCUAGAAAUUCAAGAAGUUAUCAUUUGAAGAUUGCAAAGAAAUGCUAUCAUUUGCCACCAGAAAGAAUCACCAUUACCUCAUUUGACAUUUCAUCAAAGGAACUGCUUGCAAUCCUUGGAACGUCUCGUGGGGACGUUGUAGUAUAUUCAAUGAGAAGCUCUCGGGUCAUUCGGAAGUUGGAGUGCCACAAGGACUUUGAUGUUGAAAGAUGCUUAUUUUUCCCAUCAGGUGGAGUUAUAUUGACAACGGGGUUAGACAUGCAAAUCAAACUUUGGGAUUUACGAACCGGACAAAUGGCCAGGACCUUUGUGGCCCAUACUAAGAGAAUCACUGACUUAGCAAUUUUUGGUAAGACUGGUAGGAACUUUUUGUCGUGUUCUAACGAUGGGGCGGUGAAAUUGUGGGAAUGCGGGUCCGGUAAGAAUAUCAAGGAUUUCAAACGAAUCACAAAAAGUGCCGGAGUUGAAUGUUUGUGUAUAGCCCAUAACGACGAUUUGGAAAGUGAAUACGCUGAAGAACAGUAUGGUGAAUACGAAUUUGAAACAAAAGGGGUUUUAGCAUUUGCUGGUGAUGAAGGAGGAUUGAUCACGGAAUGGGAUAUAUUCAAAGGAUACCAACGACAAACAUUCUGUUCUGACGAAAGUCCUGCUGGAAGUACAACUGGGGUGGUUUUUUGGACGACAUCUACAAAGAAUUACGUGAUUGGCGGUUAUAGUAAAGGGAUUGUCAAAGUAUUUGAAUACGACAAUCCUGGAACAGUGGUAAAGCAACUACAAAUAAGUAGCGGGAUGGCCAUAAAUUUUUUGAAGAGGUUGGACAAUGAUUUGGUGAUUUCUUGUGGCAAUGAUACAUUGAUAAGCUUAGACUUCAAAAGUUGGAUCAAUGGGGUAGAAUCGGUAACUUAUUAUGGGAGUGUUGGCGAUUUUAACAAGAUAAAUGUCGGUACCAUUUGUGAUCAUCAUUUUUACACCAUAAACUAUGAUGACUUAGAUAUUGUGGAGUUUGCCUAG